AUGAUGAGUGCGGCAUCAUUCGCGAGCCCCAUCGGCGGCCGCCCACCUCAGUACCGCACUCCGUCACCUCCGCUACGCGCCGUCGAACCCAUCACUCCAUCUACUGCCACGGAUAUUUCCUCAUCCUGGGCCGCUCGCGGACCUCCUCGAGCCAUUAGUCUCGACCACGAUCAACGUCCGUCAAAUCACAAUCGACAUGUCGCCGAAAGUGGCUCACACCAGCGAUCGGGCCAUGGCCGCUCAAAUUCGACCAUUGACACACUUGCGACAAUCGCACUCGCAACCAGCCCAACAUUCGCACCACUCCCUCCAAACCCGCCGUCUCCGAGCCCUCGAUCUACAAUUCCUCUUUUCCCUCCCGAUUCCGCAGACAUUGAACGCCCUGCCAAGCGAGCCCGGUCGGUGAGAAAUCCGUCGCCCUACCGCUCGCGGCAAGGAGUACAUACAGAUAGUGCUCAACCCGCUCGGUUGGAAAGCAUGACAACUGAUGCUGAGCUCCUACUCAAUUUUGCACGGCCGACCAACUUUUUCCCCGGCAAUCACACAAAAAGAGUCAGCAUCGACGAGUCAUUCAACCAAUAUGCGGACGAUGUGAUGCGUCAAUCUCAAGUGGGAUACCCAGUUGGUGGGUAUGUGGAUCACGGCGAUGCGAAAUUGAGUCACCAUCACGAUGACGGUCCUACUUCUCGCAUGCGCUCUCGCUCCGAUGGCUCGGCCUUUCUAUCCCGGCCUAUGAUUCGAGGGGUCCGCCCAACGACUAGUGCCGGGACUGUGCCGCCUGUGGUCUGGGAGGAUGAAAGCGAGAACACGGCUUGGUAUCCGUCAGUCGACACCCUCAAUAACGCAUCUUUUGAAGCUCAACCCUCCGCCACCCACGCAAAUCCCCACUUUCUACACACACCCUCGACUGGUCCGCCACAAGCUGAAUCAGAGGAAAGCGAUACCAAUUUAGCAAGCUGCGCAGGAUGUCAUCUAGUACGAAUUCCAGCCGACGGCGAGGAGCAGGAUGAAGAUACAUGGAUCAAAUGCGACGGAUGCAAUCGAUGGUUCCAUAUUCUUUGUGCCGGCUUCAAAACUGAUAGGGAGGUUCGCACAAUUGAUAAGUACAUUUGCCGUCUAUGUCGAUCGACAUAUGGGCAAACCACGUUCGUGCGCAAGUCCUCCAGGGCGCGAACAGCUAUUGAUUACGCUGGUCUAAACCAAGGACUCGUCAAAGCUGCCAGUGGGUCGCUCGAACACCACUAUCUAGAACCCAUUCGCCAAGGCAAGAUCCGGUUCCAACCUGAAAAGUUCCCUCGGAUGAAACCAGAAUUGGUCACCGCAGAAUAUUUCGAACGUGGUAAUGGAUGGACUGAGCCCAUCGUUAUUCCCGCUUGCUGGAAUACCUGUGAACCGGUUUCUCAACGCGCAGACGAACCAGAGCUUGAAUCUUUGGUCCAGGAAGCCACCUCCCAAGAGAUGUUCGAUGAGCUUCUUGAGCAUCUUCCGGAACAUGCUCCCCAAGUCGAAGAAACCGUUGACUGUGGCCAAGAUCUCCUUGGUAUGGUCAUCCCCCAAGGCCUUACUGUCCGCGCUGUCGCAGAGCUUUAUGGACCCGAAGAAAGAGUCGAAGUGAUCGAUGUCAAAUCCCAGCAAGGAGAGGACAAGCGAUGGAACAUGCAAAAAUGGGCCGAUUAUUACGAGAGUACCGAGCCGGAUAAGCCUGUCCGCAACGUCAUCAGCUUGGAGGUCUCCCAAAGCAAACUUGGCAGACUCAUCCGCCGGCCCAAGGUCGUACGUGACCUGGAUUUGCAAGAUGCCGUAUGGCCAGAGGAACUGAAGGCCAUUGGUGACUACCCCAAGGUUCAAUUCUAUUGCCUGAUGUCGGUUGCCGACUGCUACACCGAUUUCCACGUCGAUUUCGGUGGAUCCUCAGUAUACUACCAUAUCUUGAAGGGAAAGAAGACCUUCUUCUUCAUCCCCCCCAAAGACAAGCACCUCAAGAAGUACGAAGAGUGGUGCAAUUCCCCCGCCCAGGACUCUAUAUUCCUUGGUAACCAGACCAAGGAGUGCUACCGUGUGGAUCUUUCCGAGGGCGAUACCAUGCUCAUUCCGUCCGGCUGGAUUCAUGCAGUGUGGACUCCGGAGAAUAGUCUGGUCAUCGGCGGUAACUUCCUAACCAAGCUGAACUAUGGCAUGCAGAUCAAAGUGCUCAACAUUGAAAAGGAUACCAAGGUUCCCAAGAAAUUCAGAUACCCUUUUUUCCAGAAGAUUCAGUGGUACACAGCCUUGAAGUAUCUGGAAGACGAUCCCAUACCGCAAAAUGUGAUGGAGGCCUUCAUGCAAGACGAUAACUAUCGUUUCCACCGCCAAUAUCCGAUCUAUUAUGAAUUCGGAGAGCGUGCCAAUCAAGAACCUCGGGGCCAUCAUCUUUACAACGCACGUUUCUAUUCGCAAGCGGAGCUGGAGGGUCUCCCGGAACUGACCAGGUAUCUCUUGCGGACUGCUCUCAUUGCGGGAGGUUACACCGUCGAUGGGAAUAUCUCUGUUGAAACUCGAAACGCCGUCAGGCGCUCUAUUCCAAAAGGCACUGGCGAGCCCGUGGACAUCAUUAGGAGGUUUGGGAUUUGGGUAGCUUGGAAGCGUGGUAACGAGAGGUCUCCCUUGUGGACUCGGCCGGGUGUCAUCGAGACCAAUCCCAAGGUGUCUCUUGCAGAGAAAAAGUCAUCGGGGCGGCCCAGUCGUCGAUCCGAACGUAACGCCGACAAUCAGCGUACCUACGCAGAAAGACAAGCGGUUCAGUGGCCCUCGGAAGAACUCCCUGAGACACCAGCCCCUCAGUACAGCAGCCUUGUUCAUGCGCAGUCCGAGGAGAGUGCGACCUCGGCGUCAUCCAACCCCGUUCAAGAAAUCGCCAACAAAGAUCUCACCACUUCCAAGCCUCGAGGCGUCCAGCGAAGCUCGGGCCUUGGCCCAAAGCGAGUGGCAUGUGACGCGUGCCGCAAACGACGUAUUAGAUGCCGGCACAAGGAUGAGCCUGGUGAUCUGGCGCUGAAUGGGCAAAUGGCAGCCAAUGCUUUCACGCCAGGCUCAGGUGUGAGUACACCGUCCUCUUUAGCCCAAGAUGCAGUCUCUGCGUUGAAUUCGUUGGCGGCAAUUGCAUCUCAAAGUGGAUUCCCGAAUAAUGGUCAUCUCAUGGAUCUCGAUCGUUUAGAGACCUCUGCAAGAUUCCAGUCAGCGGUUAUGGGAAACUCAACAGCGGCUGCGAAUCGUUUGAUUGACGUGAGUCCGGAUGGUGCCAAUGGGGGAAAGAAAGGGCGCAGCAAGGCGUGUGAUGAUUGUCGGAAAAGCAAGCGUCGCUGCAUACAUGACGAAUAUGGCCGAAUCGAUCCGAUCAAAGCGCAAGAGCGUUCCAAGCCUCGUGCCAAUGCCUCCGCAAAGCGAGCACGCCCUGCUGAGGAGGAGGACUCUCCUGCGGCGGCGAAGAAAGCAAAGCAGGAAAGCACAUCGCCUAUGACAAAGCCGGCGGCCUUCUUCAAUCCCGGUGAUGGAGAUGAAAAGAUGCCACAGCCUGAGUUGAUGGAACCCUUCGGUCACGAACCGAUCAGGAAUGUCAACUUGGAAAAGCAUCUGCCUGAACAUGGUGAUGCACUUCAGAGCGAGGCUUUAUACGUCUCGCCCCCUGCCUUUCAGCCCGAGUCUAUGGAUACAAAAGACAUGAACGCCAUGCCUGUGUCUUCAUCUAAGCCUGAUACCUCUCUGGUAUCACCGCCCACGUCGCUGGCCGAUGAGAUGGAUGGAGUCCAACCGGGAGAAGCUGUACAGUCAGUGGAAGGAGAAGUUUCGACUGCUCUUCACACGCCCAACUCCAGUUCUCGGCACUCGUCUCGUCAGCCCCGACACGUCGAUCGCUUUGUGCCUGAAGCGAUUGCGGCUCGGGCUCCAAAGCAGGCAACACAUUCGACGUCGACGUCUACCAUUGGCGCGCGGAAGACAACACCCCCACCACCACCUUCAAGGAGAAAACCUUCGUCGCGACCCUCAUCUUCGCACGCGAAAAAGAGCUCCCCGAUGUAUGAGAAACACUUUCAUCGACAUGCUCCCACGUCCCUAUCUCCGCGUCAACACAAACAUGCCCAGCAUUUGACAGGGGAGGAAGAUGGGGAUGAGGAAAGCCUUCGUCUGAUACGAGAGAUUCAAGAACAAGAAUUUGGUCUACGGAAACGAUCGACACGCGUUUAA